CAGUACGACCUUUCGCUUUCUUGGGGCGGAGCGGGGCGGCGAAGGGAUCAAAAACAGAGGAGAUGGGCGAAGCAGGGGACUUGACGGCGUUUUUCGCCCGGCGGAUCGGGGCGGCGGCGCGACCGUGGACGCGGGAGGAGGACAAGGCGUUCGAGCGGGCUCUGGUGGUGUUCCCGGAGGGGAUGGCGGACCGGUGGUCUGCCAUCGCGAGGGAAGUGCCGGGGCGGAGCGCGGCGGAGGUGUGGGACCGGUACCAGGCGUUGGUCCGGGACUGCCAACUGAUCGACCGCGGGAUGGUGGACAUGCCGGCGGACUGGGACGACGACGACGACUACGGAGGCGACUCCGGCGACGGUGCUUGCGGGUCGCGACAGCAGCCGGCCGCUAAGAACAAAGGAGAGGAGCGGAAGCGAGGGGUUCCGUGGACCGAGGAGGAGCACCGGUUGUUCUUGGAAGGGCUGGAAAAGUACGGCAAGGGAGACUGGAGGAACAUCUCGCGGUGGGCGGUGAAGACGAGGACGCCGACGCAGGUGGCGAGCCACGCGCAGAAGUAUUUUAUCCGGCAGAGCCACGCCGGAAGAAACAGGGAGAGCAAGAGGAAGAGCAUCCACGACAUCACGCAGCCAUGACAUUCCACGUUGCUGCUCCACGCAACUGGACUCUGUGAUCCUUGUUUAGGCAGGCAGCGAGCUGUGCUAUCAAUUACUCAACGAAAGAAAAAUGUCAAACAUUUAAGAAUGUUUCUCGUGAUCGAGGGGGAAAACAAGUGGGAAUUAGAAUUAAAAAUUAAUAUAAAUUCUAGUCCAGAGAUGUUUCUUAAAUUGCGGCGGUAAUCAUGAUGAACUGUCAUACGGAUGCGGCGAACGAGGACAUGAAUAUUUAUGCGGGCGCACUUUUGCAGGCGAGACGGGCUUUCCACUUGGAAGGGCAUUUCUUUUUAGUGUUUAGCGGUUGCUUGGGGACGCAGGUUGAGAAAAGUCGCCUUAGUUGUUGGUGAUUCUGUUCGAACUAAUUAACGCACAUCUCACAUGAAUUGGUUUUUCUCCUCACGUAUCGUCUAAAA